AUGAUGGAAGGGGCCACUGGCGGCACUGCUACUCACGAUGCUACUACUACUCAUACGAAUAAUAAUAACAGCAAUAAUAGUGAACCAGAAUUACAAGACCAAACGACGACGUUCACGUCUUCCUGGGGGACAUGGGAGGAGCUCUUGCUAGCAUGUGCCGUGAAGCGUCACGGCAUCAACGACUGGGACAGCGUCGCCAUGGAACUCCAAGCCAAGACCUCUCUCCCUCACCUCCUCACCACCGCCUACAACUGCAAGCUCAAGUAUCACGACCUCCGCCGCCGUUUCAACUCCCGCUGCUCCUCCCAACAUCAAAACGACGACGUUGCCCUCCCCUCCCCCCCAUCACCAGACCAUCACCACCACCACCACGAUCCUCCUAGUAUUCCCUGGCUCGACGACCUCCGCAAACUCCGCGUCGCUCAACUCCGUCAAGAGCUCCAUCGCAACGACGUCUCCAUCGUGUCGUUGCAGUUGAAGGUGAAGAGGCUGGAGGAAGAACGAGAAGAUAGCUCCAAGGAUGACGAGGCCAAGCCAGAUCUGGAGGAGGAGGACUCCAAGGGACACAGAUCAGAAAACGACAAAAAUAUUCGAGACGAACCGGACCGGUCCAAACCGGACCAAGAGAACCAGUCGGUGAACGGCUCCAAUUCAACCUGCUCCAAAAGUCUGGACAAUAAGCCCGGCCGGGAAGACCGCGUCGCAUCGGAACCCGAACCGCACCCGGUUCCGGACGGUUCGCGCGAACCGACGAAAGGGACGGGGGGCGGUGGACACUCGGAGUCAGAGUCGGAUAAAGGGAGCUCGGAGACGGUGGCUAAGAAGCGGAGCCGCGAAGGGAAAGGCGGUGGUGACUCGGCGGGUGAGAUGAGGGAGAGUAGUGAGGCGCAGAGUUCGGCGAGCUUGACGAGGAAAUGGAACAGGAAACGACGUCGCAGAGUGGAGGUGCCAGAGCAGCAGCGUAACAACGAAGAGUUAUUGUUGGUGAAAUCACAGCCGUUGGUUGGGGUCCUGCAGAUGAUCCGAGCGCACGAGCAUAGCUCAUUGUUCGAGCGACGGCUUCCCACCCAGGAAAGUGACAAGUACAAGAGCAUGGUCCAGCAGCAUGUGGACUUGGAAACAAUACAAAGCAAGCUCCACAAGGACGCGUAUUCGUCUUGCGCUCUUUCAUUCUACCGAGACCUGCUGCUCCUCUUCAACAACGCCGUCGUUUUCUUCCCCAAAUCCUCUCUGGAGUCGCUGACUGCUCACCAGCUUCGACGCCUUGUCUUAAACGAAAUGAAGAAGAAUAAUCUAAUCACUAGACCACCCCCCAACCCUUCACCUUCAUCUGAGCCAUCAGAUUCAUUGCCUGCUGCUGCUGUACAUGCACCACCACCCACCACAACUCCACCUUGUCCUCCUCCUCCAACACAACCGCCCAAACGUCCUGAUCAGCUUGAAAGAUCAGACUCUUUGCUUGCCAAGCACAAGUCAACUGCGCCCAUCAUCGUCUGCCGGAAACGAAGCUCCAUUUCAUCAAAGCCUUCUGCUGCUGCUUCUAUCUUUGAUGUUAAACCAAAGGGUGAGCAGCAGCAACCAAAACGACAACAAGGUGACGAGAAAAAGAAAGCGGCAGCUUUUGAUGUUAAAACUCCCAUUAACAAUAACAAGGCCUCUUCAAAAGAUGAUGUAGCGGAAGAGCAUAAGGGUGGUGGUGCUGGUGCUAAAGCAAAAGACAAUCCUGUAACUACUGGAACCAGAAGCUCAAGAAGGACUCAUCACGAGAAUAAUAAAAAAGAUGGAAGUGGUUCCACCAAGAAACAAACGGAAACUCCGAAAGCGGAUAAGAAGUCGAAAACGGAGGCAGCAGCGUUGGACAAAAAGCGAAGUGCAGCAGCGGAUUUCUUGAAGAGAAUUAAGCGCAAUGCACCUGCGGCAGACACAUUGAAGAGCGGCAGUGGCAGUGGAAGUGGCACUAGUACUAGAUCAGGUGGAGGAGAGCAGAAGAGGAGAGGAGGUGGUAAGGUUGACAAAGUCAAAGAAAGGGUGUUAAGGCAAAGUGGCGGUGAUAAAAAGAAACAAGCCAAGGAAGAAAGCAGCAGUCCAUCCAAGCGAAGUGUAGGAAGGCCGCCCAAGAAGGCGGCUGCCGAGACGGCCAACGUAGUAGCUUCAUCAAAGCGGCCCAGGGAAAAUGGGGGGAAGCAGGAGGCUUCUAGGCGGCCUAGAAAACGCUCUAGAAGGUAA